CGACCGCCGCGGGGGUCGAAGUUCGCGGCGCGCAUGGGUCAUGUGAUGUUUUGUAUGUCCAUUCUCGUAUGAUAAACGCCCGAAGGUCUCGCACGUGUUUACUACUUUACUGCUGAUUUUGCGCACGCUGCAUCACAUAUCGUAAAGCGAGCCAACAAACACAAGAAGAAGAUAUAUCGUUAGCGGCAGCUUAUAAUGUCGCGUAGAUCCAAGCUAAUAUUUUAUCUUACGAGUCUUUAGUGGUCUUCAGGCACGUCGAUUAACCCCGGAAGAGAGAGAGAAUCGUCUCUAUUACGUAAAUCGCAAUAUAUUAAGGGGUGCAGAGUCCUCGCGCGAUAUCAAAGUCGAGAAACGCGCUGCUACCCGCGUUUACUUUGCGCGUCUAACCUAUAAGAGGUCGAAAAUGUGCUGGAAAAGUGGAGGAGAGGAGGAAUAUUAGCACGAAGGAACGCGGCGACCGGAAGCGCGGCGACCUGUUCCAGGGGUAGGAUGGUCUUGCAAAAGAUCAGCUAUGACUUCGUCAAAGGUUUCCGACACGUGCACGCCAGGACGAGCGAGUCCUGUGGCAACAAGUGCUUCCAACGAUUGUACAUGGCACUACCGCGGCUCACACCGCAGGAGGUAACAAGUGUUUUGCAAGCCAACGAGUACACCAAAGAGUUUUCUGGAUCGGGUUCCGUGAAAUAUUACGACUCUAAUCAAUUGGCGUCUAAUAAUCCUAUAGAAGAUACGAGAUCCGAGGCUCAAUGUUUGUUAACUAAAGGUAUGUUAAUGGGAGUUUUCGAUGGCCACGGUGGUGGUGCCUGCGCACAAGUGGUGUCGAAAAGACUGUUUCAUUAUAUAUCUGCGUGCCUGUUACCGCCAAAAUUGCUGGAGCAAUACUUGAAUUCUGUUGGCACUGACAGAAGUUUGAACUUGCUCGAAACCUUCAACGAUAAGGUAGAAUUUGUAGCCGAGAUCAGAGAUCUUUAUCAAACGAGCUUCUUAAGUUUCGUGAGAGACUUGGUGCAUUCAGAUACCAGGAAGGAAUUUCAAAUGGAAAAGGCCUUGGAAAGCGCAUUUCUCAGACUAGACAACGAUUUAUCGACCGAGGCUCUGUUGCAAUUGAAUAAGAAAGAUGCUGCGAGGACUCUCGCUGUCGCAAUGUCGGGUACGGUAGCCGCUGUGGCGCACAUAGACGGCCCCCAUCUCCAUGUCGCCGGCGUUGGCGACAGUAGGGUCGUCUUGGGAGUGCUCUCAGAAAGCGAUGGAUGGUCGGCGAAGAUGAUGACGGUAGAGCACAACGCGGAUAACCGUGAGGAAGUGGAGAGGAUCUUGUCGGAGCAUCCGACGAACGAGAGAUCGACUGUGAUUAAAAUGGAAAGACUGCUCGGGCAAUUGGCGCCGCUUCGCUCGCUGGGCGAUUUCCGCUACAAGUGGAGUAAAAAUAUUAUGAAGAGGGUCGUGGUGCCGUUCCUCGGCGAGACGGCGAUCCCAGCGAAUUAUCACACGCCGCCCUAUCUUACAGCCAAUCCGGAGGUCAGAUACCACAGGCUCACGCCGAGGGACAAAUUUCUCAUAUUAGCCAGCGACGGACUGUGGGACCUGAUUUCGCCGUUGCAAGCAGUGCGCCUGGUAGGCGAGCACAUGAGCGGCAAGGUCACGCUCAACCCACUGAGAUUACCGCGUAAAAAUAUGAAAUUGUCGGACAUAAAUGAGAUGUUGCUGCAACGCAAGGAGGGCCUGAAGAAGAAGCCCCUCGACGGCAACGCGGCGACGCACUUGCUGAGGAACGCUCUAGGUGGCACGGAAUACGGGAUAGACCAUGCCAAAUUGUCGCAAUUGUUGACCCUGCCGAGCGAAGUGGUGCGGAUAUUCCGCGACGACAUCACCAUAACGGUCGUCUACAUGGAUUCGGAAUUUCUGAGACAUUGCCCUCCGUAAAUGAUGUCGCAAUAUCUCCACUAUUUUUCAAUACUGGUGUUAUAUCAGUAUACAGCUUGUUAUUUAUUUAGUUAACAAUAAAAACAAUUUACAUGAAAACAGUA